AAGAGGAGGAGCCAAGCCCUGGGGCGGAGCCACCAGUGGAGGCACAUGCGCUGUCCGCUGCACCUCGCCGCGCCAAUCUUGCUGCUCCAUCCGGGUUCUCUGGCAAACGCCGCGCGCCGAGAAGGCUGACAAGCGAGGCAGCCAAUCAGCAGCGCUUGCUGGGAGCGGUGGGGGAUGGGUGCCGUUCCUCCUCCUCCUGCGCGAGAUGAGCGGCUGAAGCGGCUGUUGCUCUAAAAUGGCCGCCGCUGCCGCCGCGCCGUCCAUGGCCACCGCUGCCGCCUCCCCCUCUCCGGCCUCGGCCGCCGCCCUGACGGAGAGCAAGAAGAUCACGGAGCUGCGCGUCAUCGACCUCAAGUCGGAGCUGAAGCGGCGCAACUUGGACGUCGCCGGCGUCAAGACCGUCCUCAUCGCCCGCCUCAAGCAGGCUAUUGAAGAAGAAGGAGGCGAUCCAGAUAAUAUUGAAAUAACUGUUUCAGUUGAUACUCCAAACAAGAAACCAACGAAAGGAAAAGGUAAGAAGCAGGAAACUGAUGAGCUAAGUGGAGAUGCUUCAGUGGAAGAGGAUUCCUUAGUCAAGGAGAGUGAAUUGGAAGCUCAGGAUGCAAGCGACCAGGAUGGAAAUGAUGAACUGAAAGACUCUGAAGAAUUUGCAGAAAAUGAAGAAGAACCUUUGAAUUCUAAAACGUUGUCUCUAGAAAAGAAGAAAGCUCAUUCAAAGCCAUCCGAAAAGGACGUGGAAAACCAGGACAAUGAUGUUCGAGAUCUAGAAGAUGAAAGCUUUGUCACUGCUCAUGAUGGAGAAGAAGAGAAUGAGAGAGAUAAAGCAGGUUCUGGUGAUGGUUCACAAGAAGUAUCUAAGCUUCUUCCUUCAGAAGAGAGCCUAGCUGAGGCUGAUCACACAGCUCAUGAAGAGAUGGAAGUGAACACAUCUGUGAAAGAAGUUGAGGAUGAUAACAUAUCGGUUACAAUCCAGGCCGAAGAUGCCAUCACUCUGGAUUUUGAUGGCGAUGACCUUCUAGAAACAGGUAAAAAUCUGAAAAUUACAGAUUCAGAAGCAAGCAAGCCAAAAGACGGGCAGGAUGCCAUUGAGCCAAACCUGGAGAAGGAAGGCAAAGAUUAUGAGAUGACCGAGAACCAUAAAGAUGGUAAGAAGGAAGACAGCGUGAAGGGGGAUCCUGUCAAGAAGGAAGCCCGAGAAAGCUCGAAGAAAGCAGAAUCUGGAGACAAAGACAAGGAUACUUUGAAGAAAGGUCCCUCGUCUACUGGGGCCUCAGGUCAAGCAAAGAGCUCUGCUAAGGAAUCUAAAGAAAGCAAGACUACAUCCAAGGAUGACAAAGGAAGCGCAAGCAGUGGGAGCAGCAGCAGCUCAACUAGGAAUUUGUGGGUUAGCGGCUUGUCCUCCAACACCAAAGCUGCAGAUCUGAAAAAUCUCUUUGGCAAAUAUGGAAAGGUUCUUGGUGCAAAAGUGGUCACCAGUGCCCGUAGCCCUGGUGCGAAGUGCUAUGGCAUUGUGACCAUGUCAUCAAGCACAGAAGUAGCCAGAUGCAUAGCCCAUCUCCAUCGCACAGAGCUGCAUGGGCAACAGAUUUCUGUUGAGAAAGUGAAAGGGGAUCCUUCCAAGAAAGAGCUGAAGAAAGACAGUGAUGAGAAGUCUGGCUCCGGCAGGAAUCCUGGAGAGAAAAAGACCUCCUCAAGUGACAAAGCCAACAAGACCCCAUCCAAAAAAGAGGAUAAGAAAACUGACAAAUUUGAGAAGAAAGACAGCAAGGAUGCGAAGAAAACUGAAGGUAAAGAUGAGAAGAGCGAUAAUGGAUCAACUUGCCCUGCUCAAGAGCCUGCUAAAACGCCUGAAGAAAAGCGCCUAAGUGUGAAAAGUCCAAGUCAUAUGGUAGUUCUAGACCAAACAAAAGGAGACCAAGUUCACCCCAGAACCGUGAGAAGGGGGAGGUUUGAAAAACCACCAAUGUUCAGGAACAAAGAGCGUUUUCUUCAAGACAAGGCAAAAUUCCGAGACUAUCGAGGCAGAAAGGACAUUGUGCCCUUUGAGAAAAUGAAGGAGCAGCGAGUGAGGGAGCACAUCGUUCGGCUGGAGCGCAUUCGGCGGGCUGUCGAGCUCCGCAGGCGGAGAGAAAUUGCGGAGCGCGAGAGGCGUGAGAGGGAACGCAUCCGGCUUAUUCGGGAGCGUGAAGAACGGGAGCGUUUGCAGAGGGAGAGAGAGCGGCUGGAAAUAGAAAGACAGAAGCUGGAGAGAGAGCGGAUGGAGCGGGAGCGCUUGGAAAGGGAGCGCAUUCGCAUUGAGCAGGAGCGCCGCAAGGAAGCCGAGCGGAUUGCUCGUGAACGAGAAGAGCUCCGACGGCAGCAGCAGCAGCUCCGCUAUGAGCAAGAGAAAAGGAACUCCCUGAAACGGCCUCGCGAUGUUGAUCACAGGAGAGAUGAGCCUUACUGGAGCGAACGCAAGAAGAUGUCCUUGGACACAGACGCACGCUUUAGCCAUGGGUCCGAAUACAGUCGCCAGCAGAACCGGUUUAGUGACUUUGACCACCGAGACCGGGGGCGCUACCCAGAGGGAUCAGCUGUGCAGUCCUCUUCCUUUGACAGGCGGGAGCGCUUUGUAAACCAGGGUGAUGGCAAGAAGGCUCGACCCACGGCCAGAAGAGAAGAGCCUGGGUUUGAGAGGUAUCCCAAAAAUUUCACUGAAUCCCGGAGAAAUGAACCCCCCCAGCCCCGCAACGAGCUUCGUGACAGCGAUAGGCGUGAAGUGAGAGGAGACCGAGAUGAGAGGAGGACAGUGAUCAUCCACGACAGGCCCGAGAUCUCCCAUGGCCGGCACCCACGAGAGCCUGGGCCCACCCCACCCCGGCAGGCUUCGUGGAAGAACGAAGGAGGCAUCAACCCAGACAAGCGGGACACCAGAGAGAGGCCAGAAAGGUCCGGCCGAGAGGUCUCUGGGCAUACAGGGAGAGGCGCCCCUGCCGGGAGCCGGAGCAGCACAUCUGGCUAUGGGAGCCGGGAGACGGAGCGAGGUGUGCUGGAGCGGGGGAGCGGGGGGCAGCAUUACAAUGAAGAUCGCCAUGUGGUUGAACGGCACAGUCGCGACACUGGACCAAGGAAAGAGUGGCACGGCCCCAGUUCACAAGGGAGCAGCUAUCAUGAAACACGGAGGAUGGGAGACAGCCGAGCAGGAGGCGGCAUGAUGUCUCCCCGCUCCAGGCUACCUUGAGAACACUUGAGAGCAAAAGCCAGGCUUACAUUCUACAUAAAGUAUUAAAAGCAGAUUCACCAUGCUUGUUUACCUGAGGGUCGACUAGCCAUCCAUGGUAUAAUGGAAUAUCAAGGAGGUCAAACACGAUGCAUUCCGGUGUGUAUUCAAACACUCGUACACCUGUGAACUUCACAUUCACAUCCAGACCCGUCUGAAGCUUAUGCAGGAUUGCCAUCGCAUCACUCAUAUUCUGCCAAUAGAAAAUACAAGCUUCAGUGCUCUCAUCAGAAAACACACAGAGUACCGGUUCCCAAAUUAGGGUUUUAAAAGCAGAAUAGAUUUUACAGAGAGCAUAAGAAGUGUUUUCUGAUGCUUUCUCAACAUGGUAGGAAGCCAACGAGAAGUGCCAGGUAAUUCAGACAUUGAUCAAGCGGACAAUUACUAUGACUCUCUGGCUAAUCAGCGAACAGGUUUCAGAAAAUACAUGUGUCAGUGUCCAAACCCAAUUCCAAUUGUCAUGGUUUAAUACUUAUUAGUGAACCUGAAGAAUGUCCAAGGGUUUUAAUGCAUUCAUGUCAUCAUUUACUGCUAAGUGUUGUCAAAUAUUCAGAAUUAAUAAAUUAAGUGAGUUUGAGACAUUUCUGGGAAGUCACAGGAUUUACGAAAAACACCUCACAGCAGAUAUUUUAUUGAACUAUUCCCCUCACAGCAGAUUUAGCUUUACUUGUGUAACCUACACAAGUUUUUCAUUAAAGAGGAAUGGAACCAAUUUAUUACACUGAACAAAAUAAACCAGCACGUCCUUUAUGAGCCAGUCUUUGAUGGCAGGCACUUCCUCUGCUAAAAUAAAUUUUAUUACAGACAAGUGCAAAGAUUAAUGCGAUGAGAAUGUAUCUUAACUCACUUAAUAACCCCAGCUCAGGGACAUUUAGGAGUCCCAGGGGCCGAGCCACCAUUGUGCAAAUGGGUUCAAAGAACCCGGGCCGCUGCCCCUCAGGGGCCGCGCCUUGCUGACGCCAGCUGCAGGGGCUGUGGUUUAGCUUGCAAACCCCAUUUGCUUGCAGGCCCAUUUGUGAUGGGGCGGGGGGGAACUGGCCAGCGCCAUGCUUGCAGCACAUCCAGAGUGGCUCUCCUUGCCUUUAAAAGGCAGGGAGAGCUGUUCCCGGCCACACUGCGAACACGGUGCUGGCCGAUCUUGCUUGCAAACGGGGCAGUGUGGCCCCAUUUACAAGCCAAAUCCAGCCAGUGCCGCAUUCACAGCAUGGCUGGGAGCGGCUCUCCCUACCUUUUAAAGGCAGUCGAGGAUUUAAAUGCGCGGUCCUGUUUGCAAGCUAAACUACUCCCCCUACAUCUGAAACCAGACGCUGAUGUCUGACACAGGGGGCGGGGCUAGGGCCUCCACCACUGAGUCCAAUACUACACCACAACAUGCUUCAUGCACAGAAUAAUUUUAUUUUUAAAUUCAGAAAGGGUGUUAUAGCUCCAGAGCCAGAGGGGCGAGUUCACGGGGGCGAAUCCUCUAUGGCCAGGGUGAGGAACCUUGGCCCUCCAGCUGUUUUUGAACUACAACUCCCACCAUCCCCAGCCACAUAAUUGUGGCUGGGGAUGAUGGGAGUUGAAGUUCAACAACAGCUGGAGAGCCAAGGUUCCCCACCCCUGCUCUAUGGAAAGGGAGUCCUAGCAGGCUGCCACCCACCACUUUAGCUUAAUGUGGGACAAACCACUCUUUCCACAUAAGGUUCCCGGGGCGGGGAGAAGUGGCAAAAUCCUGGCAGAGAAAAUCCUGGCUGAGCAGCCCUAGGCCUCUAGAGAUGAGCUACUAAGGCAGAACCAAAAUUAGCACACUUCAGCAAGGGUUUAUUAUUAGAUUAAAAGGAAAACGAGUCUCUUCAUAAAGCAUUAGUUUCAUUAACCUGGCAACCCUGAUUUCAAGCAAUAAAAUAAAGGAAAAUAACUUCCCUCACACAUCUAACUGAACUGGUCUCUAUCUUAUUCACAGGCAGGGAUCUUCCUGCUUCUUCCAGCCUCCCUGGCUGUGGCCUCCCAUUCUCCCAGCAGCUUCUCAGCCAGCUGUUUCCUCAGGGCACUCCCGAGACAGAACCUUCUAAAGAAAAAGCUCUCUCUUCUUCUGUAGGUGGCUGUGAGUGUUGUUCUCAUCCAGUCCUUUGGACUGGUCCUCCUGUUUGCCCCUUAUUAGGAAAGGCCUACCUUCUCAGCAGUUGCUCCAAGUGAGGCCUAGUCCUUGCUCAAAUCCUUCUCAUCACACUCUGCCUAACCUACUUCACAGGGUUAUUGUGAUGAGAAACCUUGGAGAAAGAGCGGAAUAUAAACGUAAAAAAAUAAAAUAACUACAGGUGUCAUAGCACUACAGGUGUCCUUGACCCCUGCUAACUGGGCAAAGAGGCACUUGUUAAAAGUGGUGAUUCUCUUUAUUGAGCAAGGGGAGAGCAACUAGCCCUAUCCACCCCCAGCAUAGUACCACUCCAGUAGCUGUUGCUGGUGUCUAUCUUAUAUUUCUUUUUAGAUUGUGAGCCCUUUGGAAACAUGGACCCAUCUUAUUUAUUUAUUUAUUAUUUCUUUAUGUAAACCACUUUGGAAACUUUUGUUGAAAAGCGCUAUAUAAAUAUUUGUAAUAUUUA